AUCCGUCAUAUCGUAUCAACUUCCCGCUUCUUCUUCUUAUUCUUCACCAUCUCCACACUCACUUCCCGAGACACGAAGAUACAGAGAGAGAGAGAGAGAGAGAGAAGAUGAUGAGGUUUAUCGUCACUUGCUUAGUCAUCGCUCUCAGCGUCUACGUCGCGUACCACGGCCUCGAAUACGACCACGGCUUCAUCCGUCUAACGAAACGCUCUCCGGGAAACCGCACCGGCGUCAAGGCUCCCGAGAAAUCUCCCUUCGACGAUAACGACAAUCUCAUCUCCUUGUACAUGGAAGAUUCCGAUCAAUCGUCCUACUCGCUCCACUACGACUUCUACCAAGACUCUUGCCCCACCGCCGAGCGAAUCAUCACCAAAGGCAUCAGAGAGCUAUACGCCGCUAAACCCAGCGUAGCUCCGUCGCUAAUCCGCCUCCUCUUCCACGAUUGCUUCAUCGAGGGAUGUGAUGCUUCGGUGCUACUAGACGCAGAUGAAUCUCUUACUUCCGAGAAAGAAGCGUCUCCGAAUCAGUCUCUGAAAGGCUUCGAUGUGAUUGAAUCAAUCAAGUCUGAGCUGGAGAAGGUCUGCCCUGGUGUUGUUUCCUGCGCAGACGUACUUGUUUUAGCUGCUAGAGAAGCCGUCCUUAUGGCUGGUGGUCCGUUUUAUCCGCUGGAGACUGGAAGGAGAGAUAGCGUGGUUGCCUUUAAGGAGAUCGCAGAACGUGAGCUUCCUUCGCCACAAGCUAGUAUCUCGGUGAUUCUUGCAAGGUUUGGUACUAGAGGAUUCAACGAGAGAGAAACCGUCAGCUUAUUUGGAGCACAUAGCAUAGGCAUUACGCACUGCACAUUCUUUGAGGACAGGCUAUACAACUUCUCAGGAACCGGGAAGCCUGACCCUGAGCUCGAUACAGGGUUCCAGCAAGAACUGAAAACCAAGUGUCCCUACUCUGCCUCGGCGCCAUCCCCUGGCACUGGCGUUGGACCGUCCAUGCCUGCAUCAGAUUACGGUGGCGUGAGCUCAGCAGGAGGGAACGAUGGAGUGGUAGACUUGAGCUACAACAACGAAGGAGGCGAGGAGAAUUUCGGAACACGCUACUACAGGAGACUGAUGCAGAAGAAAGGGUUGAUGUACGCUGAUCAGCAACUAACGGGAAGAGAAGAGACUGAGAUGUGGGUGAGAGCAUACGCUUCUGAUACUCAGCUGUUCCGACGUGACUUUGCCAUGUCCAUGAUGAAGCUAUCGAAUUAUCAUGUCUUGACUGGUCCUCUAGGUCAAGUCAGAACAACCUGCUCCAAGGUCUUGCCAAAGAUCUGAACGCUUGAUUCCCUCUCUCUCACUUUAUUUCCAUCUUUUACAGUUUUAUAUCUUCUGGAUUCAACUAUGAGUUUGUGACAUUCAUUGUUUAUAUCCAACAGCACUAUUGUACAAUGAUUUGAUACUACAAUA